CGACGCCGCGGCCACCUCUAGCGACAACACUUGCGUGCGCGUCGACGCUGGACAUGUUGCCGUUGGCGGUUUUUUUCCGCUGCCGAAUCCGCCUCUGCUCAUCGCUCUCCGCAUGGCCACCGAGGCGGGAAGACGAGCGCAAGCUGAUUGGUCGUCGAUCUACGAUGAUCUGGCCAGAUUGCGCGGCUGUUUGGAGAACCGGAUAGCCUCGGCUGAGGCCUGGGCCGCCAGACUCUCAGAAUGGCUUGAAUGGCUGACAAGAACGGAGCAUCAAGUGGCCGACUUGAGCCUCACUCUUCGGCUAGACUCUGUGGCGGCCGAGAGAGAUGGGCAAGAGGCUGAUGCAGCUGACCAACCGUUGGAGGAGGCCAGGAGGUCCGAAUCCACUGUGGCAUCAUCAGAGCAGAGGAGCGAAAAUGAUAUCUUCUGUCCGGCCAACGAACUGCGCCUGCUUUCUAUGCUGUCUGGAUGCCAGGGCCAGACGGAAUCUGUACCUUUCGAUCCUUUAAAGGCCAAAGCUGAUCACAUCCUGUCCUCCUGCCUUGAAAUAAAGCGAACCAUUUCGAAUCAGGCAAAACAAUGCCUCAUCGACAUUCAGGUACGAAAAUUUGCUUGGUUUUGA